GCCAGUGUCCCGAAUCGCCCGAAAGAAUCAAAGCUGAAAAAAUUCGUGAACAGUCGCAUACCCAUCACGGAAUGGCUCCCGAAAUACACGAAAAACGAUAUUGUAGCCGACUUCAUAGCCGGUCUAACCGUAGGGCUAACGAUGAUGCCCCAAUCCAUAGCUUACGCUGGAUUGGCCGGGCUAUCACCGCAAUACGGCCUCUAUACAGCUUUUAUAGGAUCUUUCACUUAUAUUUUUUUCGGGACCAUAAAGGAAGUGUCUAUUGGGCCUACUAGUUUGAUGGCUAUAAUCACUCAGUCGUAUGUAGACGGGUUGCCUAUAGAAUGUGUUGUGUUGCUGACUUUUAUGGCGGGUGUAGUGGAACUGCUUAUGGGAGUCUUUAGGUUAGGUUUUUUGGUAGAGUUCAUAUCAUCGCCUAUAACCUCAGGGUUUACCAGUGCUAGUGCUUUAAUCAUUAUUUUGGCACAGUUGAAACCUUUACUGGGCAUCAAAAGUCAUAGCCAUCACUUUCUCAUGAUGGUCAUCGAGAUUUUCGAAAAUAUAAGCGAAACCAGGUUACCCGACGUUAGCCUAGGCGUAGGCUGCAUAAUAUUUUUGUUUGCAAUUAAGAGAAUAUCCAGGAUCCAGACACGAAAUCGCAACCUAAGGAAAAGCCUGUGGUUCCUGGGAAUAUCGAAAAACGCCAUUUGCGUAUUCUUGACAUCAUUGCUUGGAAUCUACCUACACGAGUGGCGAGGUGGCGCGCCAUUCAAACUAACUGGCGAGGUUGUGCAAGGUUUGCCAUCGUUUUCUUUCCCCAACCUGACCGCCGUUAUCGACGACAAACCUGUGAACUUCAAGGGAAUGUUGGAGAGUCUAGGUUGGGGGGUGAUCGUUGUACCUUUUGUGGCUGUGUUGGCGAAUGUGGCCAUAGCAAAAUCAUAUGCGUCUGACGUCGUUGUGGAUGCUAAUCAGGAAAUGAUGACCCUGGGCUUUUGUAACUUGUUGGGGUCUUGCGUACAAGCUAUGCCCAGUUGUGGUGCCUUUACCAGAUCUGCAGUGGCUAGCAGUAGUGAUGUCAGAACGCCUUUACAAGGUUUAUAUUCAGCGAGUGUUAUAAUGUUAGCCCUCUCUUUAUUGACGCCUUACUUCUAUUACAUACCCAAAGCUACGUUAGCAGCAGUUCUUAUUACAGCCGCAUCUUCCUUAAUAGACUAUGAAAUCUUUCCUAAGCUAUGGAGAACUGACAAGUUCGACUUCCUAUUAACCAUAUUCACCUUUGUGGUUGGUGUAAUAUUAGGCGUGGAAAUAGCAAUUGUUUCUGGUGCUUUGAUCAACAUGAUUCGGCUUUUGAAAGUCUGGACUCGACCUGUGAUAUUCAUGUUUGUACGUAGUGACAAACAAGGUAGAGAGUAUCUAUACUUGAAACCCGAGUUAGGGUUGUAUUACCCCACAGCUGACUAUCUAACCGAGUACAUAAAAAAGCAACAUAAAAACCACAAGUGCCCCAUGGCGUUGGAUUGCCAAAAUGUACUGCAUAUUGAUUAUGCGGGUUGUAAGGCUUUGGAGACGAUGUUGAACCUGUAUAAUGACAAAGAGGUCCAGCUGAUAUUGCUGAACGUUAGUCCGAUUAUCAAGGGGAAGCUGAAAACAGUCCUGGACAAAAAUAAUUUGAUAUACUGCCAAUCCAGUAACGAAAUCUGUGAUAAUGCAUUCGAUUUGCAAAUUUGUUCCGAUGAAGAAGUACCUUUAACCUUGUCCAAUGGUAAUAAUAAUGACAAACUAAAGGAAAGAAAGUUAUCUUUGUAUGAUAAUGUUUAG